CUCCACUCAGUGCAAACCUAGUAUAGACAGACAGCAGAGCGCAUCAAGCAACAAGUACCCAAAUCCGUCGCUGAAAUAGUGCAAUAUUUCUUAUUCUGUAUUGAGAGACAUGGAAUACCAACUUUUGGGGAAAUUUUGAAUGGACACGCACUUUAUAAUUAUGAUGUCCACCGCUUAGUUUUAUUGCAGUUUUACAAAAUGUUAAGUUUUGGGAGAAAGUUUUCUUUUAUUGGAGACGUGGACUAAUAAAUACCCAGAGAAGAAGAUUGCUUUUUUUUUCAGCAUCUUGGAAUAAUGAUUUAUGCUUUCUGGAUCGAUCGUUCAUUGGGGAUUUAAACAACAAUAAUCAUUAUAUAUAUAUGUAUAUAUAUAAAAUCUUGUUGUAGUUGUAAUCAAGCCAUGGAACUAUUAUUCGAAAUUCUGUUUGUAACUACUUUUGUCACGUUGAUUCGGGUUAAUGGUGAAGUAAAGCCAAAUCCAUCCAAGCAUCCAGGCCUGCAGGUCUUGGCCACGGCCUCACACUAUUGGCCGCUGGAUUCGGUGGACGGGAUCCAUGGACUGUGGGACCAGAUUGGAAACAGACCAGGUCAUGUUAAUGGAAGUGAUAUAACUCUCCAAAUCCACAAGCACACUGUGCUCCCUUCCUCCCAUAACUCUUCCUCUGUGUAUACCAAUGACUCUGCCUACACUAACAUUUCUGCAACAGUAGACAUAGUUGAAGGGAUGGUCAACAAGGGCAUCUAUCUGAAUGGAGAUAAUGGCGGCACCUUUCUCCACUUUGGGAACUACCAGAACUCCUGCAUUAGUGACCCCACUCUUUGUGGUCCUGAGGGGAUUACAUUUUCCUUCUUUUGGAAGAACCAGGAGGCAGAGUCACGUUUUGCAAUAGCCUCUGGAGGGAAAGUAAUCUCCAAUGGCUUCUCUGUCUAUGCCAAUGCCUACGCUGGAUACGUAGAGUUCUACACACGAGGCAACUCGAAGAGGUGGAGGGCUAACAUCAAUAUACCAGGGCCCUUCUGGACCCACAUUCUGUUCACUUGGACCCUGACGGACGGUCUCAACAUCUACAUCAACGGGACAUUCAACACCAGCGACCCCACUGGCAACGUGUCCAUGAAUUAUGGGGACCCUUACCCUGACCUGGUCAUUGGGACAGGAAAUGAGCAGUCCUAUGGACACUACGUGACAGGAGCCUUUGAUGAGUUUGUCAUCUGGGAGAGGGCCCUGUCACCAGAGGAGAUCCUCAUGUACUACCAAGCUGCCACAGGUGAUACUUUGACUUACCCUUCCACAACAAGCGUUCCUAAAGAAGUCUCCUCUACGAUGCAAACACUGGGAGUCGCAUAUGUGUCCUAUUCUAUCAUCAACAAGCUGAGUGAGGAGAUCCACAGCUCUCAGGACCCCGUGCCCAUGUUUGGCUUCCUGGAGUCUCUGCCAUUCAGCCUGCCCAACAAGACCAUCCCCCACGACACUGCCAACAACUUCACACAGGCUUUUCUGAAGAGUGUGGAGGAGGUGUUGUCUUCUGAAGUGGCCAGGGAAGAUGAGGAGUCCACCCCAGUGGUCAGUGGGCUGAUUGAGACAGUGGACAAUGUGAUGGUCCAGAUGGUGUCCAGCCUGGAGUCCAGCCCCAGCCCCCGAUCUCUCAUCUCACUGGGAGGAAAGUCCUUUGUAGCAGAUUACUCUCUGAUGAAGAUUCCACAGAACUACAAUCUUCCCCAUUACCGCUUCCCCAUGCAAGGAAAGAACUACAUCUCAGUGCCCGGCGAGGCGUUCACCAUGCAGUCCCAAACCACAAUCGUGGGUCUUUUCUACCACAACAUGCACACCUACUACAGAGAGAUCAGCCCACUCAGGACCAGGAUCAAUGAGGCAGCUGAUUUCAAAGACCAUAAGAUCCAGGUGGCUAGUUUCCUCAUCUCACUGAAGGUGGAGCCAUCGCCUGCCCUGUCCGUCAACCUGUCUGGGGCUCCGCUUAUCAAGAUCGUCCUCACACACAUCCUGAACAGGGAUCAGCAGGGUCAAGCCUUAAACCAAAGCAACAAAGUGUUCCUCUACUGUGCCUUCCUCGACUACAGUUCAAAGGUGGGUGUUUGGUCCAAUGAGGGCUGUGUGCGGUCCGGAGGGAACAUGUCCUACUCGGUGUGUCUGUGUAACCAUCUCACCAACUUCGCCAUUCUCAUGCAGGUGGUUCCCAUGGAGCUAACCAAGGCCCACCAGGUGGCGUUAUCAACCAUCAGUUACAUUGGCUGCUCUAUAUCUAUCUUCUGUCUGACCAUCACACUAGUGACAUUUGCAAUCUUGUCGUCAGUGAGCACGAUCCGUAACCAACGCUACCACAUCCAUGCUAACCUGUCCUUUGCCAUCCUGGUGGCCCAGAUCCUGCUGCUCAUCAGCUUCUGCUUUGACCCAGGCACGCUGCCCUGUAAGGUGAUGGCUGUGUUGCUCCACUUCUUCUUCCUGAGUGCGUUUGCCUGGAUGCUGGUGGAGGGCCUGCACCUCUACAGCAUGGUCAUCAAGGUUUUCGGCUCAGAGGGCAGCAAGCAUUUCUACUACUACGGGAUUGGCUGGGGGUCUCCAUUGGUGAUAUGUGUGGUCUCAAUGACAUCAGCCUUGGACAGCUAUGGAGAGGUUGGGAACUGUUGGCUGUCCUUGAAGAAUGGGGCUAUUUGGGCGUUUGUGGCACCAGCACUGUUUGUCAUUGUGGUGAAUAUUGUGAUUCUUAUAUCUGUAACGAGGAUCAUCUCUCGUAUUAGUUCAGAGAAUUACAAGGUUCAUGGCGAUGCCAACGCAGUCAAGCUGACUGCAAAGGCAGUGGCUGUGCUCCUUCCUAUUCUGGGCAUCUCCUGGAUCUUUGGGGUACUGGCCAUCAACGAUCACGCACUGAUGUUCCAGUACAUGUUUGCUGUUUUCAACUCAUUACAGGGAUUCUUUAUCUUCCUGUUCCAUUGCCUUCUCAACUCUGAGGUCAGAGCUGCCUUUAAGCACAAAACCAAGGUGUGGUCUCUAACCAGCAGCUCCAUUCGCAACAUCAAUGUGAAACCCUUCAAUUCUGACGUUAUGAAUGGAAACAGGGGAGGGGCGAGCCCCACAAAGAUGAACACAUGGGACAAAAGCACCAACUCAGCCAAUCGGAUCGACCUCUCUGCUGUCUAAAACUGGAGGGCAUCACUUCGAGUAAGGGCGGAAAUAGGAUGCCAUGCCAACCAGGGGUUGACUAGUGUAGAUUCAUUGACAGACACUGGCUAAAGCAUUGUGCUGUUGUGCACUGUUAUAUGUGAUGUAUGACUCAGAAGGAAAAGAUAAGGGGGUAUGCUGUGGUUCAGCUGCAUAGUCAGGAUGUUCUGACCCCUAUACACAAUGACAGUGAGUAUCCAUUCUUACAGGCAUCUCUGAGCUUAGCUUCCAUAGCCCACAGCCUCCCACUCCCUUACUCCUCCACUAUACAAUGAUUUGAUGUAAUGCUGUAACCCCAAAUGGAACAUAAUGUAAUAUCCCCCUGAUGACAAACAGACUCAGACUGUGCCUUUCUCUUAUAAAAGACAGCUGGCCAGACCCAUUUAGAGAAGGGAAUUCUGAGGGGACCCAUGGUUAGGGAACAGAGUGAGAUUAUAUUGGCUGUUAACCUUGAGGAUUUAAAGCAUGCCAUUAACUGUUUUU